CGGCGUUUUUAUGUCCUUGCAGAUAACAGUAUUCGUAUUAUUGAAUAUACAUAUUGAUGUGUAGUAAAAAAACACAGUAGCACAAAGAAAAGUUGAAGUAAUGAAUAGUGUAUAAAAGAGAAUGUGAAAGCAGAGAUUGACUUCAUUAUUCUAAAUGGGAACAAGUGUGAAAAAUUGAUGGAAGCUAAUAGAUAAUCCUGGAAAAUUUCUGACCACGACUUAUAAUUUCAUACUAGAAUUCUAAAAUAAUUUCUACUAAAUUAUCAUCCAGUCAUUCAAUUUUCUUCUUAGCAUCUAAUUUUGAUCUUCAUAGAAUCUUAGUAAUUCUACAAUAUCGGGAUAUAUCUCAUUCCAGUAGGAUCCUAAAAAUCCUAGUGAUAGGAUAUGUCUUUGGAUUGUAUCAUGAAAUUUAUAGAUUUUUUUUACUAGAGAAAUAAUUGAACAAUUUUUUUUUCUUAGGCACCCGAAAUGUUUGCAUUUGAUUAUUGUAAAUUUCACAUUCGUCGAUGUAAAGAGUCAACUGGUAGAGUGGUUAUGUGGAAAGAAAUGUGUAUUAAAAAUAGUUUUACAUUAGAAGCAUCAUUUGCUGGAUCUAGUAUUGUGGCAAAACCAUGUCACUUCAAUAUAAAAGAUUAUGAAAAUUUUGGACGUUGUAUAUGUCAUUCAUUGCGUCAUUAUAUGGAAGCAUUAUCCGAUUCAAAGUAAACAAUGAAAGAAACAUUGAAACAAACAAUAUUU